AUGGAAGACCCGGAACCUCGUCACAUAGCCCUCCUCUCUAGCCCUGGCAUGGGCCACCUCAUCCCCCUCGUUUCAUUUGCCCGCCACCUUGCCCGCCACCACCGCUUCGCCAUCACCCUCAUCGCCCACCCCACGGACCACUCCGACUCCGCCGGCAACCGCUCCCUCGCUGACUCCCUCCCCGACGGAGUCAAUGUCGUCUCCCUCCCCAACUUACCUCCUGACGCCUUCCUUGACACCAAGUCGGAGGCGAGGGUCUUUCUCACCGUUAAAGCCAACAUCCCUCCUCUCCGUUCUCUUCUGAGGUCUCUAAAAUCCACGGUGUCUCUCGCCGCUCUCAUCGUCGAUCCUUUUUGCCUUGACGCCUUCGACGUGGCUGCUGAGCUCGGCAUCCUGGUGUACCUCUUCUACACAUCGUCGUGCAUGAGUCUCUCGCUUGUCUUCCACCUCCCCAAGUUGGACGCGUCGUUCCAAGGAGAGUACCGCGACUUGCCUGAACCAGUCCGGUUGCCCGGGUGCGUGCCGGUCCAGGGGAAGGAUCUCAUCGAGCCGAUACAGGACCGCGGAAGCGACGCGUACAAGUUGUUUUUGAACGCGAUGAAACGAUUUCCUGAAGCAAAGGGAAUUCUGGUGAAUAGCUUAGAGGAUCUGGAGCCGGGGGCUGUGAAGGGUCUGGAGGAAGGUGAAGGGAUACCUCCGGUCUAUCCGGUUGGUCCGUUGGUCUGGACCGUACCGGAUGAGGAGCACGAGUGCCUGAGGUGGCUGGACCGGCGGCCGCCUGGUUCGGUGUUGUACGUGUCGUUCGGGAGCGGGGGAACGCUCACUCUGACUCAGACAAGGGAGUUGGCAUUGGGUCUCGAGAUCAGCGGGCAGCGGUUCCUGUGGGCGGCGAAGAGCCCGCAUGAGAGUGAGGCUAAUGCAGCGUACUUAAGCGCCAAGAAGAACGAGAAAAACCACUUGGACUUCUUGCCUGAGGGCUUCUUGGAGAGGACCAAGGACUUGGGCCUUGUAGUCCCCUCAUGGGUUCCUCAGGUGCAAGUUCUCGGCCACGCUUCUACUGGUGGUUUUCUGACCCACUGCGGGUGGAACUCCACGCUCGAAAGCAUUGUGAAAGGGGUACCGUUGAUCGCGUGGCCGCUGUAUGCAGAGCAAAAGAUGAACGCGAUCCAGCUUACCGAGGAUGUGAAGGUGGCGCUAAGGCCCAAGGUUACCGAGAGCGGUUUGGUGGAGAAAGAAGAAAUAGCGAGGGUCGUUCGGUGUCUAAUGGAAGGGGAAGAAGGGAGGAGAUUGCGGAAGAGGGCAGAGGAGCUUAGUGAUGCAGCUGGUCGUGCUCUUGGCCCGGGCGGGUCUUCAAUCAGGGCAAUGGCGGAUGUGGGCCGUGAAUGGAUGGACGCAAGGAAGUGA